UAAUUGAGCCAUACCUGAUAAGCGGUUUGUCUUCCAGCACAAUGAUAACGCCAACCAACUUUUCUUUUCUGUGAUAAAUGUUUUAAAAAAAAUUUUACUAACCCAAGAAUCUUACUCUCUUUUUUUUUUUCUGUUAAAGAACCCAAGAACUUACUCUUAAAAGAGUAUUGAAUCAAGCAUUAUUAGUUUAAGAAUAAGAAAAUCAAUUAGCAGAAGUUGAAAGCAUGGGCUAUCUUGAUUUUUACGCUCUUUUGAUCUACCAAAAUCCACAUGUUUUAAGAUUAACCUCUCCAUAUCAAAAUUGCUUGCUUAUUAUUUAAUCAUAAAGUUUUAUAAAUAAAUAAAUAAUCUUGCUUUUUCCUCGAUAAUGAAUGAAUCGUCCAAAAAUGUUGAAGCUGGUGAAAGCAGUUUGACCCCUCCCCAUCUCCCAACUCGGUACUUCGCUUGCACACACCACAUGCUCUCUCUCACACUCUCUCUCUCCUCAUUUCUCCUCUCUCUCUCUCUUGUUCUUCUUCUCUCUCUCUUGUAUUGUGUGAACCCAAAAAUGGAAGCUUUACUCUAUUGACGACGAGAUCUUUCCCUAAUUCUCUAAUCGGCAGAUUUUAGUGGCCAGUGGCCUGAAUGGAGGGUAAUGCGAAGCCAUCGUUGCAGUGGGAAUGGGAUAAUCUAAUAUCUUUUGGUACUUCAUCAGCUGAAAUUCCUAGAAAGCUACGACCAAUGGAUUGGGAAAUUGAUGGUUUUGAUUGCACCUCUCUUUAUUCUUCAAGCUUUGCUGCAGCAGCUUAUGGUGGUAGUUCAGAUUCUGAUCUAGCUCAUGCAUUCUCCAAAAGCUCAAAGUCAACUUCUAUUAGCUCUUCAUCAGCUGAAGUGAAAACAUACAAUUUCACAUCAGAAGCUGGUGGAGAAUUGGGUAGCAGUGAAGAGUUUGCCAAAGGAAUCGAUACUUCUCCAAGUCUUGAACUUUCUUUUGGGUCUGGUGAUACGGUUCUUGGUUUAAAGCUUGGUAAAAGAACAUACUUUGAAGACUUUUGGGAAGUGGAGAAUGCGAAAUGUUCUGCUCUACCAGUGAGCUUAGCGUCAGCUUCUGCUUCUCCGGUGAAGAGAUCGAAAUCUGUUUCUCAGAGGCCACAAACACCUCAUUGCCAAGUUGAAGGAUGUAAUCUUGAUCUCUCUUCAGCUAAAGAUUAUCAUAGGAAACACAGGAUUUGCGAAAACCAUUCAAAGUUUCCUAAAGUCGUUGUGAGUGGUGUCGAACGUCGGUUCUGCCAACAAUGUAGCAGGUUCCAUUGUCUCUCUGAGUUUGAUGAGAAGAAACGUAGUUGUCGUCGGCGUCUCUCAGAUCAUAAUGCAAGACGUCGCAAGCCAAAUGCUGGAAGAACAUAUGAUGGGAAACAACAGAUGGAUUUUGUAUGGAACAGAUUUGCACUUAUCCAUCCAAGAAGUGAGGAAAAGUUUCUAUGGCCUAAGCCCAUAACAUCAAGAGGGUUAUUGCCGCAACCCGCAAGAUCCGCCGAGCAAUGUGGAUUUGGAUUGUUGGACCCCAAAACGAAGACCGCAAGAGCUGAGUUAUUCAGCAAAGAAAAGGUCACAAUCUCUUCACACAUGGGUACUUCUCAAGAUCUUGAUGGUGCUCUCUCUCUUCUGUCAAAUUCAACAUCAUGGGUUUCCUCUGACCAACCAAGACGGUUUUCCCUUGACCACCAUCCCACAAGCAACCUCCAAACCGUGGCUAACCGGUCUGUGACUCAACUCAAUUCGGUGUCCGGCUAUUGGCAGCCGGAUGCACCAGCGGUCCAAGGCCCGACCGGUCUGCACAGAAACGGUGUAGGGCAGUUUAAUGAGAGCUACUUCAGCUUGAAUCAGUUUUAUAACUGAAAAGUGUAUGCCUUUAAAUCCUAAUAAGAUAUUUUUGUGUAAGGAUGAGGCAGGCAAUAGUGUUAAGUGUUAACGUUAAGAUAGGAAUUGUGAAACUUGUAAGACACCAAAUCCUCUCUUUUUGUGUUUGUCCACUGAUUUUCAUGAGUUAGAGAAUUAUGACAAUUAGUCUUAUAAUCAUCUUAUGAUGCAGCGCAUCCUUACUCCGAAGACAAUGGCGUUGUCUUC